CGACUUUCGAGCAUAUAAGGGCAGGCCGCUGCGGCUGCGGCGCCAUCGAUUAUGGACGAGCGCCGGUACACGCUGGCCGAGGUGGGACGGAACAACGGCAGCGACGGGUGCCCUGUCUGGAUCGUGCUGUGGGGCAACGUUUACGAUGUCACCGAGUACAUGGACAACGUACGUAUGCAUCGGCUGCGGUCGAGCCCGACUCUAAUCGGCGCGGCUCAGCACCCAGGUGGGCCGGAGCUGAUCGCCGAGCACGCGGGCGCCGAUGCGAGCGCGGGCUUCGACGACUUCGGCCACUCGUCCGACGCCAGGAGGACGCUCCGCAAGUACGAGAUCGGCGCGCUGGCCACCGAGGCGUCCCCCGGGUCCGGCGGCCGAGGCGGCGCCACGCGACGGAGGUGAGGCCCUCGUCCCGA